AUGGAACACCUUCUUUGCCAAACGACGCUGAAACCACAGCCGUCCGUUUUGGGCACGACCCCCAGGCCGCGCGACGUGUUGGAGACAGAGGGGUUGGAGGACGAGGAACCCAAAGUUCACUUGGAAGCAAAGGAGCUCUGGAGACAGUUCCACACACACGGCACAGAGAUGGUCAUCACUAAAUCUGGGAGGCGCAUGUUCCCGCCGUUCAAAGUCAAGUGUUCUGGUCUUAACAAGCAAGCUCAGUACAUCCUGCUGAUGGAUAUCGUGGCGACAGAUGACUUCAGGUACAAGUUCCAUAACGGCCACUGGAUGGUCGCGGGAAAGGCCGACCCGGAGAUGCCCAGACGCAUGUACCUCCACCCGGACAGUCCCGCCUCGGGGGACCACUGGAUGGCCAAGACGGUCAACUUCAACAAACUCAAACUAACCAACAACAUCUCGGACAAGCACGGCUUUACCAUUCUCAAUUCAAUGCACAAAUAUCAACCAAGGUUUCACGUGGUGAAGGCCAAUGACAUCCAGAAGCUUCCAUACAGCACCUUUAAAACCUGCAUCUUCUCUGAGACCGAGUUCAUCGCGGUGACAGCCUACCAGAAUGACAAGGUGACUCAGCUUAAGAUAGACAACAACCCCUUUGCCAAAGGCUUCCGGGAGACGGGGAACGGUCGCAGAGAGAAGAGGCAGGCCUUCAUCCCAGAGGACCUCAGAGACGAGGAGGAACAGAAACCAGGGGAAGCGGGUCAAGGAUUCACCACGGGGAUAUCCCCGUUCCUCCACAUCCCCGGGUACGGCCUGCUGUCGUCCCCUCCUGUCGUCCCCUCCUCCUGUCCGCAGCGGGACAGCGACAGCGACCCCGGAGCCGGCUCUGAGGACCACGGAGAGGACGCGGCGCGUGGUCCCCUGGAACCGCCCUGUGUUCCGAGAGACCGCCCCUCCGACACCCGGACCCCGGAGCCCCCUACCGGCGCAGGGACGGAGGAGGAAGGCGCCGGCGAGCCAGGGCCCGGGGUCAACAGGACCGCUGAAGGACGCGUGUGGACGCCGGGAGACCCCCACAGAUGCUUUGUGACCGGGAGAGAAAUCAAAGCAGGGCGCGACCGCCCCUCGAGGGGGUCCGGGUGUCCCCCAGACGGACCGAGCCCCCCCAGUGGCAGAGACGGGGGCGGGGAGACGGGCCCCCCUGGCCAGGUGGGCGGGCACCAGGCCCCGCUGAAGGGCCGCCCCACGGCCCCCCGCAGUGUGACGCCCUACGGAGGGACCGCCCUGGACCGCGGCCCCCCGUCUCACCACGUCAGGACCGCCGCCAGAGUGGGCCUCCCUCUUCCCUUCCAGCACCAGGCGCUGGGUCUGGUGGGCGUGUCUCCGUUCGGGGGGUACGUCCUUUAUCCGUACCCCAGCUUCCACGCCCCCCCGUUCCUCCCGCACUACCUCCCAGGGAAACCGUGCGUGGACUUCCACCCCCGCCACCCCCCCUCGGCGCCCCCAAAGCUGUCGUUCCCCUGUAAAUACCCAGAGUUCACGGCGUGCCUGCGACCCUGCUGUCAGGGGGACCUGCUCCCACACGGACCCGGGGGGGGUCCCUAA